AGUCACGUGGCCAUGCGACCUCUAGCGUGCGAGUUGGAUCAGCUGUCUGCUCUCCGCUGUUCGCUUGUGCUGCAGCAGGCAGUGCCGAAGAAGUGGUUGUUGUGGUGUGACAUGCCGAGCGGUUUUCGAAAACUUUUCGGUGUGGAUUUUGUGUUGACGUCGAGGUCGAAACGUGGCGGACACUUGGAACUGUGAUGGUUGCUGGCAAACGCUGCGAGGGACUCGAGUUCUGGCGACCGUGGCCCAGGAAAUGGCGAGGAGCACGGAGUCGACUCUGAGCGGUGGCACGGUCACGGGAACCUCGAGGCCGGAACCCAACUUGGAUCCGUGAACACGCGUGUCUGCCGUUUGCUGUGCCUGAGAGACUGACUGCGCCUGCGCGGAAAGCUUCGUUGCUACACGCUGCCGAGGAUGAGACCCACAGCGGAGACGGAAAUGCACUCUGCAGUGGAGGAAGUGAAGAUCGACCCGUUCGACUUCUUCAUCGAUGUCGGGAGCCUGGUGUUGGAAGGGAGGGUGCCGGGCCUCUCGAGCAGGGGCUACGGCGAGGGCGUCCACUGCCCGCCGGCCCAGCUCGGUCAGGUGCGGCACCAGUGCAAUGUCUCCGUCUUGGAGUGCCAGAAAUUUGAGGUGGUGCUGAAGCACAUGGCCCUGCUGUGGAAGAACAACAUCCCAAUGUCAGUGGAAGUCCUGCUCGCGCCAGAGUGCCGCCACUGCAGCGCCGCGGACGUGGCAAGUGUGGACAUUUCUUCAGCGCCGGACAUGUCGCAUUUGCUUCUGGAGCAGUGGUUCAUCCACAUGGUGCCGAGGAGGGUUCCGGAUCCCACCAUCGCUCCACGCAGCCUGAUUCAGGCCAUGCGCUCGUACCUGCAUUUUUCUCAAAUCAGUGCCUGGUACAGCCUGUCGGGGGGAAGGAACCCCCGCAACAUCUACUACCGGAUCUCGGUGCCGGGGGAAGCUUUCUCCAGCAAAUUCCACUGCAUCCCCCACCUGCACACCUUUCCCGUGGCCAGCCUGGGUCGCAAUGCCUCCAUCAAGGUCUCGGUCAAGUCCAUUCCCCGUUCCCCGGGUUCCUCGGCCCCCACAGUGCCCUGUGCCAAGCACAGCCUACCUCGUAGUGUGCCCGGGAACCCCGCCACUCUCAACGAGGGCACCACACCGUGCAUGCGACGCCGCAACAACACCAGAAAGAUUGGCAGUGUGGUCUGCGAGAAUGACGACGACGGCACCAUCUUGGAGCAGAAAAAUGACGCAGAAAGGAGGAGGGCCAAGAAGAAGCACAGCAGGGGUGGUACGGACUCGCCGGACCUCAUGCUCGGCGAGAGCUUGCUGGACCCGCCGCAGUCGCUGCAGAUGUACCCCAAGAGGUACCAGAGCCCUUCGCGGUGCGGCAGUCCGAGCUUGGAAGUGCCGGAACACCUCAUGUUCGGUCCGAGGCCUCAGCUGCAACUUCCGUCGGAACCCAGUUCAGGCAGUUGCUGUUCCUCGACGACGGAAGAGGGUUGCUGCCGCGGAAGACCUCAGCGGCGCCCGGUCAUUGAGCGUUUCCUCAAGAAGAGCGGGGAGGUGGUUCAGCAAGGUGAGCUCCCCGGCAGGAGCGAACCCAGCACCAGUUCAAAGCUGCCAAAGGAAGAGGAAAGGGAGAGUGAGGGUCCACUAAGUCAGCAGCCGUCAGCCCAAGUGCAGCAACAGUUGCUUUUCCAUAGGAACGACUGUGGCAGCUCCGGUAACGGUGUUGCGGCACCGGAGAAGGCACCCCGUGGGCAUCGAUGCCGUGCCAACCUGGAAAAGAGCUUCGACGACCUCAACCUGCGCAGCGUAAACCAGGAGUCUUCCAAACACAGACUGCCCAGCUCUGUCGUGCGGGUGUGUGAACAAACGCUCUCGGCGUCGGAGCGUGAUCUCAAAAGGACGACACCGACAGGAGUCGUGAUGAAAGGUUCAAAGCUUGGCCCCGAAGGAGGCCAUCCGGUGAUUGUGAACGAUGCCAGAGUCAGUAGUGGCAGGGGCGGCCCCACGGAAAAGACCCCGGUGGAUGGAAGUCACAAGAAGGCGAUAAGCCACAGUAGAACGUGGAAUGAGGGUCUUUGUGACUUGAAGUUGAAGGAUGGUGUGGUCGGGAAGGGCAGCCAGAUCUUCAGCAACCUCAUUCAGAAGCACAAAGCAAGACAGCUGAUGUGCAAAGCCAGGAGUCAUCCGGUGCCCACAGCGGCAGAGCGCGCUCAGUUCCGCCGCUCUCUGGACAGUGCCACGUCUAUGGUCUUCCACCAGAAGACUGGACUGCCCCUCACCUCCAGUCCUGCACCACUUCGAAAGUCCGGUGCAAGUUUUGACUUCGACAGUAGUCUGACUUCCGUGUCUGCGAUAAAGAGGGCAUUGUUCGAGAAAAAUUCUGAAGAGGAGGAUCCAUCCACGGAAGAAAUUUUAAGUUCAAGCGCUCCAGCUUCAACCACUACAAGCAGCCUCAUAGUCAACUUCGAGGAGUCUGUGCUCAAUGGAAGGCUGGAGCCCGUGAGCACGGUGCAGGGCUUUGUGGCUGAGAUUGGGGCCAGUGGCUCCUUCUGCCCGAGGCACAUCACCCUUCCCGUGACGGUUUUCUUCUACUCACUCCAAGACAUCGACAAAGUGGUGUCCCCCUACCUGGGCCACAUCAACCUGGGGAUGAAGGGGUACCAUGUCCCAAAGACGGGAACAAUUCAGCUGACGCUGUUCAAUCCACACCGGACGGUGGUGAAGAUGUUUGUUGUCCGCUACGACCUGUCGGAUAUGCCUCCCAGCUGCCAGACUUUCAUACGACAGCGAACGCUCUACAUGCCCACGGACGGCUCCGAGACGGACGCUGAGGCCAGUCGCUGGCUCCGCUACUUGAUUCAUCUCAGGUUUGCAAGCUCCAAGUCCGGGCGCAUCUACCUGCACACGGACGUGCGCAUCAUUGUGUUCCGGAAGAGCGACCUGGACGCGGCUACCAUCCACGGGGACCACCCGUACGAGCUGCGCUCCUUCACCCAGUGUCCCGUCAACCCAAAGUUCUCCCCGUGCAAGUGAACCUUCUUGUCAGGCCAGGAGAUUCCCGGUCCCAUUUAUUUUUUGACUGAUCUCUUUUGGGCUCCAGAGGACCAGGGGCAUCCCUGGGUAGGAUAUUCUUCUCCGUCGCCCGUUGUUAUUAAAGAUUUGUUCACAUAUGUUGUUAACUUAUUGCAUAGAAUGCUCUAAUAAACGCACUAGGAACCAUGUAGAAAAA